GAGAUAAAUAUCAGAAUUUUAUUGUUUUAAAGGGGGUAAGCAAAGCAUCUUUGGCGGAUUUACAUGACUACAUCAUAAAAACACGCAGCUUUUUCCUGCAGCCGUCAAUAAGAAUGCUUCAGAAAUGGAAAGCUAGUGGUGACCAAAGUGGUGGUCCAGAUAGAGAUUUACCAAACUCUCCCGAUAUGUUUUCUGGCAACUUUCCCGAGGGUUUGCGGGUGCUAUUGUUUGAUGAAGAUCGACAAUAUCUUCAUAUAUUGGAGAAACAUCUCGAAGAGUUUCAAUACGAAGUGACUACAUGCCACGAAGAGGAAAGAGCUAUGUAUCUACUCUGCAACCAUAGGAAUAUGUUCGACAUUGCUAUAAUGGAAGCACACAAUCUAGAGGGGAAAAUAUUCCGGUUAAUCUCGGAAAUUGGAUCUGAAAUAGAUAUUCCAAUCAUUAUAACAUCCCAAGACGAUUCAAGAGAAUCUGUGACCAAAUGGAUGAGGAACGGUGCAUGUGACUAUCUCAUAAAACCGAUAAGACCAGAAGAUCUACGUUUGAUUUAUAAAUACUUGGUAAAGAAGAUGGAACUAAGGGGUAUCACGGUUGCCGAAGAGGCAGAAGAGAAAGCAGCAGCUGAGAAGUCAUCCUCUGUGGGAGAUUCCACCAUAAGAAGCCCUAACAGGAGAAAAAGAAACAUGUUACAAACAGACGAGGAGGAUCCAGAUCAUAAUCGUGAUUCCGCCACGAAGAAAAGGCGAGUGGUGUGGGAUGAUUAUCUUAACGGCAAGUUUUUGGAUGCAGUGAAUUCCCUUGGCAACAAUGAUGUUGUUCCCAAGAAAAUUUUGGAGAGAAUGAAUGUUAGUAGCCUCACCCGAGAAAACGUAGCCAGCCAUCUCCAGGUAUCGUUUCUUCUUAUACUACCACCACGGCGAUGCUUUGUUAGAUUUUCAGAAGCCCAACUUUGUGAAUAUAGGAUUACCCCAAAAAAUUGCACCUUGGAUAUUAAGAUAUGGAUUCAGACUUGAAAUAUAAAGAUAUCCUAGUGGAUGCAAAACUUUUAUAAUAGAGGCUUUUACCCUUUGCAUAAGUUCUCGUGAACCUCACCUACAAAUCUUUAACUAUUAUUAGAUUAAAAAUAUUGUAAACAGAAAUUAUAAAUAGCAUUGAUAUAUUCCGUACUCUAACCAUUUUAUAGCAUCAUAUGUGACCGUAGACUUUAAUCUGCAUAUUGUAACGUUCCGACUGUCCAUGGUUACUGGGCCGCCACGCCCUCUCACUCGGCUGCGAGACUCUAUCCCGUCUAAUGGACGGUGCACUAAUUUUUCGGAGGCUCAAAAUCAUUGUUUAUUGAUCAUGCAAUUACCACAUAACAUUUUUCUGUGUUUUGUGACAAUAAACUAUAAAUAGCAUCGAUAUAUUCUGUACUCUAACCAUUUUGUAGCAUCAUAUGUGAUUGUAGACUUUAUCUGCAUAUUGUAACGUCCCGGCCACCAUGCCUUCUCACUCGGCCUGUGGACUCCUCCAUCCCGUCUGAUGGACGGUGCAUUAAUUUUUCGGAGGCUCGAAAUUAUUGUUUAUUGAUCAUGCAAUCACCACAUCACAUUUUUCCGUGCUUUGGCCUCACUCGCACAAUAUCGCGAAUCACUUUCUCAUAGGUCACCCACCCUUUCACUAUUCUAGUUCAAGCACGCUUAACGCUGGAGUUCUAAACGGAUGUGUGUCGAAAAAGGUAAGCGACACUUUGGUAACAUAGGUUGCCAAAUCAAUUCUCUUAUGCCUUUCCGCAUAUACCAGAAAUCAUGAUGUUACAAUUCACCCUCACAAAGCGCAACGCCCCCGUUGCGCAUCAUGACAGGUCUCAAGACGCCUCCCGGUUCAGAACCGAGAUAGCUAAAAUGUCUCUGAUACCACUCACGUAUGCUCAAUCGGCACGUGGACCUCAUCCCUUCUGACGGACGGUUCGUUAAUUUUUUGGAAGCUCAAAAUCAUUGUUUACUGACCCUGCAAUCACCACAUAAAAUUUUUCUGUGCUUUGGCCCCAGUUGCACGAUAUCGAGAAUCAUUUUUCGAUAGGUCACCCAUCUUUUCACUACUCUAGCUCAAGCACGGUUAACUCUAGAGUUCUAAACAGAUGUGUGCCGGAAAAAGUAAGCACACUUUUGGUGACAUGGAUAGCCAAAUCAAUUCUUUUAAAGCAUUGCCAUAUAUCUACUUCAUGAAGAAAUUAUUGGUGGGUUCACCAAGUCAUGUUCCAUGUUCGAUUUCAUUCCCAUACUUCCUUUCUAUGAAAGGAGAAGACUUCUCGGCUUCUACGUCGGGCAAGUGUUCCAGCUUUUACACCGUCUUGUUAUCUUAUGUAGCGGUCUGUACGGGGCUUGAAGAUGCAAGCGAGAGUACUUCGGUUUAUCUCGUUGGUGAAAACUGGGUCUCAACGUCACUUGUGACUAACUUUCAGCUCUCCAACUUUGUCGUGAAGCUCUUAUCGACGAAUUCAAGCUUUGCUUUGAAUUCGCUGUCAUUUUCUCAUGAAGACCUAUCUAUUUUAGCUUCGUUUGCUUAUGUAGUUUAUGCUUUUAAUCAAAGAGGAUGUUUGAUUCCCUCUAGUUGUACGGUUGUACCCAAAAACAUUGAAGUUUAAUG